AGUCUUUAUUGAGAAACACACAGUGCAUUCACAUGGCAUGAAAACACGGAAGACUUUAAUCUGUUUAUCUGUAUUUAUUCCCAUUUUAAUUCAACAGUUUCAUAAUGUCAGCAUCACUGAUCCGAAGAGGACUUGAAUUAUUCAACGAGAAAGAUGGACAGAAGUGUAAGCAGAAGAACAGUUCUCAUAAAGCGUCACUGAUGAAUCAGAUCAACUCUAAUAAACAGAGAGUUCACAAACAGAUCCGUCGACUGAAGAAUCAGAGAGGAGCAGUGAAGAGUAAAACUACAGUUAAAGACAAACACAUCAAAUAUGCUCUGGAUGAAUACAGGAAGAAACAGAAGAAGAAGAAGAGUCAGCUGACGUCAAAUCUGGAGUACUUCCUGAGCACCGAUUACAAAACACAAACCAACCACUCCACAAAGAUCAUAAAGCAGAAUUCCGGUCGUCGUGCGUGUCAUCAGCCGGAUCUGCCCGACACUAAACAGGAGGAGAAAUCUGUUUUCACUGAGAAAGAGUUCCAAAAGUUUCAGAAAGAAUAUUUUACAAAUCUUUAGUGUCUUCGAGGAGCAUUUAAUGCCCAAUGACAAUAACACGCUUUUUCCUGGAAAUAUUCACUCGGAAUGAUCUCUCAUUGAUGCAGCUGGAAUGCAGUUAUUCCACUUUUCAAAUAAAAGAUGUGCUGAUGUUUUUUGUCAUAAGUGAUUGUUUGAGUUUCUUGAAUGAAUACAUUUUGUUGACAGAUGAGAAACAGCUUGUUUUCGGAGUGCAGUGACCCAUCCUCAAAAGUUUCUUUAGACGUCAAGGUUGGGUAAAUUAACCUCAUGAUUGAAACAGGCAAAUACAUAUUUAGUUUAAAACAAACAUUCCUACACAACUCAAAAAGUGCUCUAUACCUUCCACAGAUCUUAAAUUCUCAUAUCAAAAGCAAGUGGCAAUCAGAAUGUGAUUGACUGCAUGUCAUUUAUUUGUUAAUCUUGCUGUUGGGACAAGAAGUAUUUUCUCUUUUAAUAACCUCAAGUCAUUUACACACGAUUUACACAUUUAUGCCACUCAAAACUCACGCACAAAUUUUUACUGUUGGGAAAAUCCACCCAUAUGUGCAUCAUGUCAGAGCCACUAUCUGUUAAACAUAUUUUAUUGGACUGUAAUAUUUCUACUCCUUUGACAAAAUAGUUUUAAUUCCAUUGACACCCUCGAAAAGGUUUUUAACCAAGUUAAUCCGAAUUUAGUUUUUAGAGGUGCUGAGUGACUCCAGUCAGGUCUCCUAAGCAACCAAAUUGGCCCGGUUGCUAGGGAGUGUAGAGUCACAUGGGGUAACCUCCUUGUGGUCGCUAUAAUGUGGUUCUCACUCUCGGUGGGGCGCGUGAUGAGUUGUGCGUGGAUGUCGCGGAGAAUAGCAUGAAGCCUCCACACACGCUACGUCUCCGUGACAAGUCACGUGAUAAGAUGCGCAGAUUGACGGACUCAGACGUGGAGGCAACUGAGAUUCAUCCUCCACCACCCGGAUUGAGGCGAAUCACUACGCCACCACUAGGACUUAGAACGCAUUGGGAAUUGGGCAUUCCAAAUUGGGAGAAAAGGGGAGAAAAUCCAAAAAAAAAAGAAACAAACAAACAAGAACAAAGAUUCUGGACAAACUGUUUCCUGUUUGUGCAACAAAAGUGUUGGCACACAAAGGUUUCACCACUAAAAGAAAAGAAGCCAAAUAAAGUUUUGAAUAAAUAAAAUGUUUCACUUUGUGACAAUUAAGCACAUUUUUCCUCCAAAUUCUCAUUACUCUAAUGCAAAAGUAAUGAUAUAUUAUUUAAAUUGCAAAGUAUUUGUUGUACAGCUGUUAAGCUGAUGAAAAUGUAAAAUCAUUACAGUAAUUUUUUAAUGUGAAACAGUUUAAUGCAGUUGCAGCAGUCAGAAUCACCACUGAGAAUAGUGUGAUGUACCAAGAAAAUGUUAAUAAAUAAUGUGCUACAGGAA